AUGGAAAAGACGCGUGUUGUCAUUGCAGGCGGGGGACCGGUUGGCUUGUUUACGGCAUUUCUCCUCGUCCGCCAGAACAUCGAGUGCAUCGUCUUAGAGAGACGUCAUGACGUAUCGAAGCACCCUAAAGCCCACACCCUCAAUCCGAGGACACUCGAGAUAUUCCGCCAGGCGGGAUUGGAUGUAGGUCAUAUCCGACAACAUGCAGCCACGGCUAAAGAUGCCGGGUCAGUCCGUCUUGUCUAUGGCCUAGCCGACGCUGAGAUUGGCUGCUUCCCUUACGAACGCCAAGACGAUAAGGUUCGCAGUCUGACGCCCGAACCUUUGGUGAAUUGGCCGCAGCCAGAUCUCGAGAGCUUUCUCGAGAAGGCAAUAGCCGAGACGGGUCUCGCCGAAAUCAGGAGGGGUUGGCAGGUUGAAACAGUCGAUAUCAUGGAGACAGAGGAUGCCGGUUGUGUCGUCUCGUGUAGCCCUACCAGACAAGGCGACAAAGCAACCCAACACAGCAUUCAGGCUGAUUUUGUUAUUGGCGCGGACGGCGUCAACUCGACCGUGCGGAGCAAGAUGGCCGGCAUGGACUUCAAGCUCAUGGGACCCGGUCAUGCCUACCAGUCCACUGUCUGCAAAGGCAGUCUGCGUUCCGCGCUUCCACCGGGUCGCGAGGCCAUGCUCUACUUUUGCUUCCACCCCGAGCACCCCAGUGAGUUCAUCGCACAUCAUCUUGAUGCCUCCUUCGUCCACGUCACGCCUGUCAUGGACGCCGGGUCAGCUGGCGGACGAUGCAAGGUACCACCAGUCGAGGCCUGCCUACCAGGUCUGGAAUACUCGGAGGUUCUUCGUACCAUCUGGGAAACGGCCCCACGCGUAGCAUCCUCGUACAGCGACGCGAAGCACCGCGUGUUUCUCGUGGGUGAUGCCGCUCACAGCCUGCCACCCCAGGGUGGCCUAGGCCUCAACACAGGCAUCGCCGAUGCUCACAACCUGGUGUGGAAGCUGGCUGCCAUCAUCAAGGGAACAGGCACUCGGGACUUUCUGAAAAGCUUCACCCGUGAGCGAAAACCCGUCGCACUCGCAAAUCUCGAGUAUUCCGUCGCCAGCGAGGCGGCUUUCUACCCUGUCAGUACCACGCUAGUCGGCCUCGGCGUUCAGUUUCAGAAAUCAAGGGAACUAUCGUCUGAUCUUACCAUGGAUGCAUUCCUCCAACGGCCCGCCAUUUCCACGGUGGCAGCGGAAGCCGUCGCGGAGGCAAGCAAACACUUUAACUCGCUAGCCCUCCAGCUCGGAUUCGUUUACGACGACCCGUCCUGCACGCGGGUUAUUCUUGAUAACCCGACGAAAUACGUGCCACGAGCGUGUCCCGGGGCAAGGCUGCCACACGGAACCGUCAGCAAUGGGCGGUCAAUCUUGGACCUCGUGCCGUACGAUCGAUUCACCGUGCUACACUAUGCCAACCCCGUAUUCGCAUCCUGUGACUGGGCCAUCGAUGUGGCAAGUCUUGGUCUGCCAGAAGCUUGGUAUGACGUGGUACCGGAAAUCAAGGAGGGGAAAGGCAUCAUUGUAAGACCGGACCAUCAUGUAUUGCUGCAUGUGGAAAGCCCAGUCCAGGCGGACAAUGCGAUAAGGGAAUAUUUCGAUCGGGGGAAAGUGUGCGUAAAUUAG